CGCUUGGGUUCGGCGGCGGGGGGUCUCCUGGGAUGGGCGGGUUGCGGUGACGACAGGGCGUCACUAGCCAAUUGAUCUUCGCUUUCACAUAGAUUGACGCUGCCCGUGGCCAAUUGUUCGCAGCUUCUGGUAUUUCCUGUAUAGUAGUUUUUAAUAUGGCGAAGACUUACGAUUAUUUGUUUAAACUGCUACUUAUCGGCGAUUCUGGGGUCGGGAAGACGUGUGUAUUAUUUAGGUUUUCAGAAGAUGCCUUCAAUUCAACCUUUAUAUCCACUAUAGGUAUUGAUUUUAAAAUCCGAACGAUAGAAUUAGAUGGCAAAAGAAUUAAGCUGCAGAUAUGGGAUACCGCAGGACAGGAACGGUUUCGUACAAUCACCACUGCAUAUUACCGAGGGGCGAUGGGAAUUAUGUUGGUGUAUGAUAUCACCAAUGAAAAAUCCUUUGACAAUAUUAAAAACUGGAUCAGAAACAUUGAAGAACAUGCAUCCUCUGAUGUUGAGAAAAUGAUCCUAGGAAACAAAUGUGAUGUGAAUGAAAAGCGACAAGUUUCCAAAGAGAAGGGUGAAAAGCUGGCCCUUGAAUAUGGAAUUAAGUUCAUGGAGACAAGUGCAAAGGCAAAUAUCAAUGUGGAAAAUGCAUUUUUUACAUUGGCAAGAGACAUCAAAGCAAAAAUGGAUAAGAGGAUGGAGGGGAACAGCCCUCAAGGCAGUAACCAAGGAGUCAAAAUCACCCAAGACCAGCAAAAGAAGAGCAGUUUUUUCCGAUGUGUCCUUCUGUGAGGGAUACUGCCUUAUUGGAGUGCUUUGCUCCAUCAAACUGGACUGUGCCUGUAUCUUAAUUCCUAUUGUCUUUGCAGACAUAAAAACUUAAACAAGCAGCUCUACCGCGUUCCAGUUACCAAAAUAAGAGUAACUGUUUCACCUAGUGGAUCUGGAACAUGCUCUUAGUAUGUACAUUUUUUCUCUUCUUCUUUUUUUUCCCCUUCUUCUCACUUUUGUUUGGAUGAAGGUAACCACCGGACUUUCAUUUUCCUAAUUUUUUUUAAAGUAUAUAUUUACCAAUAAAUUUCCAGUCAAGUUUCAAAUAUCAGGUUUUGAUUUGAAACUUAUUGGUGACUCUUCCAAAAUUUCACCUGGAGCCAUAUCUUACAAGUAUAGGUUUUUCAUUAACCUCAGAAUGUAUGACCCUUUAUAGCUGGGUGCAUACAUAUAAUAUAUAUAUAUAUAUAUAUAUAUAUAGAUAUAUAACAUAUAGAUACACAAAUACAAGUUUGUGCUUUGUAGAGAUAUUACACACCCAUGCAUACACCCAACCUGUAUGCAUAUAUGUGCACCUUUAAAUUACAUUCCAAAAUAAGUCUUCCAUUUCCAACCUAUUGGCAGACAUCAAAAUAUUUUUCCUUAAUUUAAUGAGCAGUCUUAGGUUUCUAUAAUAUAUUUAAAUGCAAAAGGAAACUGUAAGCCAAUAUAAGUUAUGCUGCCUCUAUUUUUGUCAUCCAAUCACCACAGGCCUCAUUUUGAAGCACAGCCUGUUGCCUCUGCUAGACAUAAGUUCAUACGGUGUUACAUUUCCACUCAGUGAUGCAUUGUUCUUUGUUAGGGACUUCAUCAUUUCGGGCAGUUCAACAUACAGACUGUAUCAUUUUCCUAUUAGUAUACACUAGCUUUUACUGCAGGACUUCCUGCCCUUCUAGUGCUGUUUUUUUUUUUUUGACUGUGAAGUUCCUAUUGGAUAGCCAAUGGAUACUGGUGGGGUUACUGGUGUUUACUUAAAAAUGUAGGGGGUCAGGAGGAAGUUUUCUGCAGUAAUACCUAGUAGAGUCAUAGGAAUUAUUAUUGGCAAAACAUUGCGUUCAGAAUUAAAAUAGAUUACUACUUUGAAUCUGAAAGAGCAUUCUGCCAUUUUUUUUGUUGCCGAGACUUGUAUGUUUUCAUAUUGUAUUUGUACAUGUACUUUUGUAAAUGCUCUGCAUAAUCUUACUUAUUAGAUAUGACCAACCACUGAACAUAUUGUACAAGUCUUUUGUAGAACGUCUCCGGUGAGACUUACUGAUUGGGUAUGGGACUGUUGGCUGCUUAUUCAUUAGUACUGUGAUAUGUUAUAAUUUCCAUCCCUGGCUUAUCAUACAUAUUGCAUAUUGUAGUUAAGGGCAAUAACGCAUUAAUUGUUUGCAUUUUUGAACUGUAUGUUCCAUAAAUUUACCAUAGGUGACAUAGAAGCACAUUUGUGAAUUAGAUUCUUAAAGUGGUCUUUAAUUACUAACAUCUUCGCUAAAUUCUACUAUUGCAGUUACCCAUGAGCACCAAGUUGGCAAGACAACCAGUGUUCAACGUUUGAAACUAAAUACACCUAUGAUUUCAUUUUCUACGUGUAACUGCACUAGGGUAAUUCAGCACUUAUUUUAGUAAACUAGCUUUAUUGGGGCAAAUUUACUUACAUAUGUGCAGUUUUGGCACCUCUUGUUAGUACAUUGGCCACGUUGUCUUAAGAUCUUAGGUUGUAUCACCAAAGAAUGGAAUGUAUGGCUUGCAGUUCAUUGGGUCUCAUCAUACAUGUAAAGGUAUUCGGUUAUUCAAAUUUAGCACUCCAAUAAAAUCUGCACACCAUCUUCUGCAAAUAGAAAUACACAUAUACAUUUUCCUUAGUUAAUAAAGGGGUUCUGGCAAUGAUGAUAUGGCUGUUUGGCUGAGAUACUCUAGUCCAGGUUCAAGAUAUCUUAUCCCACGGGUCCUUUGCUUAUCAGAUUCCAAAUCUAGAAUUCUUAUUGAUGCUAGUGUGCCACUGGAUGUUUUGGUACAGCCUAUAGAACAUACAGAAUUUCUAUUACAUACGUAGGUUUUAAGCAAUAAUCGCCCCAUUGAACUCCUCUUGCAAGUCCCAGACAGUGCCCAGAAGUGAUUCUGUACUAUUAUUUCAGCAGCAGUUGCAGCGGCAGAGAGAUGGAGUAAGUAGUGUCAAAUCUCUCCAUUAGCAGACAAGAACCCAUGUUUAGUGUUAUUCCAGGCUCAAUUCCUGACAUAUUCCUGUAGCUGAGAGGCUUAUGUAGCAUCUCGUGUAAGAAGGGAUGGAUUCUUUUUUUCUUUUAAAUUCUCCUCAGCCCAGUAGUACAGUUGGUAUGGUUGGAUACUCCUAGACCUGAUUUCCUGCAUUCUGGUACUGACUACUUCUGUCUAAGCUGGCCCUAACAAAGAAUUGACAUCAGCUGACAUAUGCCGCAGGACUUUGAAAGUGAUGCCACAUCUGAGGGUGGAUUUGCCAGGGUGCACAUAUUAUCUAUCUUUUUUUCUUCUUUAAUUUUAUAUUAUUUAGCUGUCUGCAACCCACCCGACUCCCCUCUCUUCAGGGUCACUACAGACCACCUGUAUGGUCUACUGAUUGGUGCUUUUCUAUCCCAAUCUCAGAUGGUUUGUGGGUAAUCCUGUUACUUUCAGGUCCAACAUGACUUGGCUUAUAAAAACACAGAGAGCCAGUUCGGCCACUUCUGCUGGGCUGGGAGUAGCAUAAUACUUCCAUAGGUUUGAGUACUGUAGUCUAGCUUAUUCCUAGGGUGGGGGAAUUCAAAAAUAUAGCAUAUCAUCUUUAUUAGUGUUACUAAAAUGAUCUUGUCUAUUAUAAGAAAUUGCCAAUCACAUUUCUACUUGCAUAUCUGACGAUUCUGCUCUGAACUUAUGUGGAGGGAACAAACAUCUUUCCUGUGACCAAUGGAGCUGAAUCAUCAGAUAUGCAGGUAGAAAUAAUUCUACCCCUACCGAUUCAGCACUAAGCGAUUGCCGGUGCUCGGGCACUUUCCCAAACAAAAUUUUCCAUCUGGCCCGAUUGACGAGAUGACCCAUAUCCAAGGCAUUUGCCGAUAUUGGUCACCUUGUCUCCCACCGUAUAUGUACUGUCAUAUUGGUUUGUGUAUGGCCACCUUAACUUUAACAAGCAUCUGAAAUUCCAGUGGCACAAACUACUAGUUGUAACUCCCUAUGCAACACUCCCAAAAUCUCAAUUGAUCAAAAUCUCAAUUGAUCUCAAAAUCAAAUUUCUGAACCAAAGGAUCUCUUCUACCCAUGCGAUAAAGAUACACGUGCCACUUUAAUAAAGGCUUAAUACGGACACUGUAUUUAGAUUUUAAAGGGAAUCUAUCAUUAAAAAGCAGAAGUAGUAAAUGUAUGUUGGAGCACCUACGUGAUUGUGCUGCUUUAGUGACAGAAACCUCUUUUAUAAAUAGGUGACGCCUAAUAGUCAUCAUCUUUGGUUUUUUUGCUCAGUAAUUUAUUCUACAAUGCACAUGAAUAGCUAGUCUUUAUGUUCUCAUGCAUUUGGGCUACGUAUAUUUUCUAGUGAUACAUUCUCUUUACGCUCAUAUUGCCAUGUAGGCCUCUGUAUUUGGCGUCUGUAGGUCUCUUUCAGGUUUACAAAGAUUGAUUCUGUGAAUGGCUAGAGGGGACAAUGGAAGACCAGCAGAAUAAAAUGCCUUAAUUAUGGUUUAGAAAUUGAUUUUGCUCCAUAUGAUAUAUUAUAAACUCAUCAAACAUGUCCUGCUGGAGAUCUGUAAUAACUUGCUUUGUUUACAAUGACAACUGCACUUCAGGAAAAAUACAAAUUAAAGCUUAUUUUAAAGUUA